AUGGCAACAUCGAAGCGAACCUCAGCGAACGUCUUGUGCCCAGGAGCGAACCUAUGGCAAUUUGAAGCGAACUCAGCCGAUCCCUUGGUAAAAUACAUCGUACAAUUCAUUUCGGAUCGGGUGAACUCUGGGCACGCCGAGUCACCGAGCCACCUGUGCUUGGGCGCUCAGGGUGGGCCGCUGUCCGUGUGCACACAGCUGCGUGGCGAGCUGGCCCACCCUGCGCGCUGCAGGCGUCAUGGUCGGAGUCGCCUCGGAGAACGUUUCCUUUGCGGGCACCUCCAGGGCGAUGGCGAUGAGCAGCUUGGACGCGUGUGUCCGCAGGGCCCGUACCACGCCUAUGUCACAGAGACGAGUCAGUGCCCCGAAGGCACCGUCAACCCGGGCGCCUUGGUGGGCAACUUGACGGGCAGUCUCCGGCAUGUACGGUCCUCGAGGUACCCAUUGUUCACCGGCCAGCUACUCUUGAAGAGGGAUGUCGUCGUCGGCGAGAUCGGGAAACUCGCGCCCGAGCAGAUCAAAAUUGCAAUCGCCAAGUGGGACCCCGUCGCCGGCUGGAGAGAGAACUUCUUCCGUCUCGAGGGCGUGCCCGGCGACCCGAGGGCUGAAGUCUGCAACGUGGUGUCCACCAUGGCGAAGGAUGUCCUAGACGUGGUUUCCCGCAGCAACCCCAAGUUCCCCAACAGGUGCCCAUUUCGCAAAGGCACGUACAAUUUCCAUAAUUUCAGCACUGGUCUCAUACAACGCUACGAAGACUUUCCAGUCUUCCCCUACGGCCGGUUCAGAGCAGACCUUAUAUUUUAUCUGAUGAAAUCCAGGCAAAAAAUAGUCGCUUGUGUGAGGGGGGUCGGUGAAGUUGUUCCGAGAGUGUAAACAAGUUGAUAUAAUAAAGUGCCCUAUCAAAAGGCUCAACACGCCAAGUUGACCAAAAAAACGUAAACAGAAAAAUUGAAAAAUUUAUUUCGCCGCCCAUUUUCAA